AUGAAUAAUUAUCAUUAUUUAUUCAAGUUCAUUAUUGUAGGAGAAUCAAGUAACUGUAUGAAUUAAGUUAGAUGUUGGAAAGAGUUGUUUAUUGUUAUAAUACACAGAAGGCAGAUUCCAAGUUGGAUAUGAUGCUACCAUUGGAGUUGAAUAUGGAUCUAAAGAAGUUAUCUAUGAUGAUAAACUAAUUAAAUUAUAACUAUGGGAUACGGUAUUAUUUAAUUAUAUUCAGGCAGGCUAAGAGUCCUUUCGUUCUAUAACUAGAGCAUAUUAUAGAGGGUAUUAAAAAUCAUUUUUAUAUGUAUAGAUCGAUUGGUUGUUUUUUGGUUUAUGAUAUUACAAGGAGAAUAACAUUUGACAGAAUUUAAACAUGGGUUAAAGAUGUGAAAUAAGACACUAAUAAUAGAAUUGAAUUUUUGUUAGUAGGCAACAAAUGUGAUUUAAAAGAUAGAAAAGUUAGUUAUGAUGAAGGAAAAUAAUUAUCAAUCCAAUUAGGAUGUUAAUUCUAAGAGACUUCUGCAAAAACUGGAGAAAAUGUAGAAUUUAUAUUUGAAUCUUUAACAAAGAAAAUUUACUAAAACAUUAAAUCUAAUUAAAUUGAUCCUCAUGAUCCAAAUCAUGGAAUCAAAAUAGGAAAGAUUGCAGAAAAUGAAAAAGUAACAGAAAUUCCUCACUAGAAAAAAAGAAGUAUUUGUUGUUGA